CCAUGGAUCCUGAGCAGAGGAAGCCCACCACUUCUUCAAGCUGUUCUGUGAUGUCAGACUUCUCCAGAAGCAACCCUCCAGACUUCUCUGGGGAUGGAAGUAAUGUUAAUCCAUCUCCAAGCCUUCUCCCUGGUGCCGGGCUGAAAACAAAAACAGAGGAAUACAACUUUACACACCCACCACUGAUUAAAGACUGGACUAAGGACCAAGUUAAAGACUGGCUGGUUACCAAACUGAGAGUAUCAAAAGAACUUGCACAAAAGCUUUAUGACCAAGAGCUAACAGGAGCUUGCCUGGACUGUUUUGAAAAGGAAGACUUUUUAGAGUUAGGUGUUCCACCAGCACAGGCUUUACAAAUCUUAAGGCAGGUCAAGAAGUUUAGGAACCAAUCAGAGACAUAUUUACCAGCUACUACAGCAGCACAGAGUGAGCUCCAUGUAAGGGCCAGUGCAGCAACAUCAGGAAACAUAUAUGAAUCAGCAGAAAAUGAGACGGUGUCAUCAGAUUCAGGAAUCCAAAGUGUAAGUUCUUCCGUACAAAUGUUACAAAUGGCGAGAGAAAAGAUACGCUCUAUAAUGGAUCAGAAUACAACUGCAAAACAAUGUUUUAUUGAAACUCAACUUAAAGACAACUUAGAAGAUCUACAACCACCUAAGGCAAUAAGUCAGAGUCGGCCCUUUGAUAAAACCAACUCCAUAAUCUUCUAUGUAGAAGAUGACAUUCUUCCACCAAUGGCAGGUCCAAGUAAUCUCAUUGACCCAGUUCAUGAGUACUGCCUCCUGCCAAAUGUGAAUGAAACAAUCGAAAGAGAGAUCCUGUAUGAAUUUACAAGAGAAGUGUUUAGUUUUGCUGCCAGCUGUAUGAAUUCACGAACCAACGGAACAAUACAUUUUGGGGUCAAAAGACAACCAGAGAUAGAACAUGGGCAAGUAGUUGGCCAUAGGAUCACCUCUGUCAAUAAGUUCAACGAGGCAUUUGAAUUAUCUCUGAAGGAUUUUUUUGAAGAACAGCAUGUGAAUGUUGCUCGAUUGUGUAUCAGACCACCAAACUUUAUACAAGUUCACCAUCAAAAUGGGACAGCUUCAGACAGAUUUGUGAUAGAGGUUGAUGUAGUCCCAGCAUCUUCACAGACACAAGAUUUUAUUUUCUACACUUCCCUGGGUAUUACAUCAACAAAGGAUAGACAUCAGUGCAAAACUCACUGUCUGUUUGUCAGACAGGGUCCCCAGUCAGUCAACAUCUUAGCAGAUACCAAUCCAAGAAUUGGUCAAGAAAAACUGAAAAAGUUUGCUGAAAAUGUCAACAACUUGGUGUCAGCCCGCAAGAUGGCAGAGGAAAACAGAGCAAAACAUUCCCCCCAAAGCAACCAGGGACAGAGGCUGAAGCAGCUAGUAACACGUGGAAGAGAUUUUCUUGAGAGUUCCAUUCAGGUUAUUGUAGUUACUGACAAAUGUCAUUCAGCCCAACUGGAGCACAUGGAUUUUCUGAAGGAAAUAUCUCUGUUUGCUGUGCUGGAGUUUGACCCAGAGUCAGAUUUAAGAGGAACAUGCCUUUCCUACAGAAGAGACCGUAUUGCCAAUCUUCACUACCCACAUUUGUACACCAAUCAGAAAAGCUUACCUACACUUAUUGGAAAGCUUAACCUGUUUAAGCAAACAAGUUGGAUUUUCUGCAAUGGACGACUGAAUGAGGAGAGCGAAAAAGAUAAGCCACUAACACCCAGUGAAUGGUUUAGGAGGCGUUCAGGGGAGAUCAGCAACAUGAUUGGUUUGCUCUGCAGCCCAGAUGUAAUUUCAAGAGACAAACUGCUGGUCAUUUUUGUUCUUCAUUCAGCUGUAACUGAAAUAUCAAGUCCUAUUUUGGAGACGUUCUGUGCAAUCUAUCGUACACUGGAGGGAACUGACAACAUGCUGUGCAUUUGUAGAGACUCAGAAGUAUUCAAUCAGUGGAAGCGGCUAAUAGACGUACGCUGUAAGGAAGAUAUCUCCAAUAAAUGUGUCUAUGAACUGAGCCUGAAUGAAAUAUCCAGUACAAUAAAAAAACUAAAAGAGCCGAAAACACAGCCUUCCCAGAGAUACCUCCCAUCCACAGGCUCAAGCUCAGUGCUGCUGACAAUAAAAGAUGAGGAACUGUUCACAGUGUUGGACAUUUUGAGUGAAAAUGAAUGUGAAAACACAGAUAUUGAGACUACAGCUUCCUUUGAUGAGUUUUAUAAGAAAACAGAAGAGGAUUUUUAUAGAGGAGGACAAGUAAGAUGGUGGAACUUUCACUUCUCUGAACAGAGAGGCAGUCUGCCAUUCAUCAAGCGAGACAAAUAUGAUGAGUUGUAUAACCUGAUCACACCUGUCGACAGCUACACAUCUCCAUGUGUCAUGAUCAACCUCUUCCACGCCCCAGGAUGUGGAGGAACAACUCUUGCAAUGCAUGUUCUUUGGAGCUUAAGGAGAAAAUUCAGAUGUGCUGUUGUAAAAAACAACAGAGCAAGAAAUAAUGACAUUGCUACUCAAGUCAUUAAUCUGCUCAUAUAUGGAAAGCAGGAUCAGCCAGGCUACACACCAGUCCUCCUCUUGGUGGACAACUGGGAGGAUGUUGAGGACCUUAAGCAAUGUAUCCUCAGUUGUGCUGGUGAGAGAAUGCAGCAGAACACUCUUAUGGUCAUUAUACUGAACUGUGAGAGAACUCAGUUUCCUGUUGAGAGCUCAAGAAGUAGUAAUUUUCCUAAUAUAUUCUUAACCAACAAGCUGUCCUCCAAAGAGCAGAAGCUAUUUUCUGCUAAACUUCAGCAGCUGAAAACUGACCAUGAGAAGCCGGAAACCUUUUACUCUUUCAUGAUCAUGACAAAUAAUUUCAGUGAGGAUUACAUUGCAAAGAUUGUGAGCAAUGUUGUUAAAGAUCUUGAUGCCACCACCCAGCAGGGCAGGCUCCUCUCCUUUCUGGCUUUGUUCAACACCUUUGUGAAUGGAUCCUAUAUGUCACUCUCUUUGUGUGAAGAGUUAGUUGGUCUAAGGAAUGUCAUCUGGAAACGUGAGACUCUUGAGGACAAAAUGAAUCCAUAUUCCACACUGCUGAUAACAUUCACAGUUGAAGAGCAUGGCUUCUACCAAGCGGUUCGAUUCCUACACCCAAUGAUUGCCAGUAACUGCCUUCAGCUCCUUGAACAAAAACACAAUAUAUCCAUGGCUGAAAUAACUAUUGACAUUUUACUCUGUGACAAACUCUUUAUGUCCUGCAUGGGAAAGGAUUUCUUACUUCUGCACAUUCAAAGCAUGCUUGUUUCACGGCACAGAAAAGAACAAGGGGAUGACAAGGAUACAUUGUUUUCUCCUUUAAUUGAAAAAAUAGAUGAAGAUGAAGGAUCAGAAAAAGUCAAAGAAAUUUUAGGGAAAGCUAUAGAGAGGUUUGACAGAAGUGCAACACUCCCACAGGCACUAGCAAGAUAUUACUAUCUCAAAGAAAGAGACUUCUCUGCUGCCUUACAUUGGGCUUUAGAUGCACGAAGUAAAAACUCUAAUUCUUACAUUGCAGACACAGUAGGACAGGUUUACAAGAGCCAACUCAAGAAGACGAUUGAAGAAGCCAAACCUCUCACUGCUGAGGUUCUUGAUGAAUGCUUGAAGCUGGGCUCUAAAGCUGUAAAAGCCUUCCAAGAUUCGCAGGACCUUGCCAAGAAGGAUGAACUUGCAGACCCAUUUGAUCGUUACAGCAGAAAGAAGCCAAAGUCCUACAACACGUCGGGUUAUGUUGGAGAGACAGAGGUUAUGAUGAUCCUUCUGGACCUCAUCAGAGAACUUCCUCUUUCACAGAGUAGAGACAGACAUCAAAGAGACCAACUGCUACAGAUUCUCAAAGGCCACCACUGCAUGAAAAGCUUACAUUUUGACCCCGGGGACACUGCCACUGCCCAGUUUGUGGAAGUCCUGGUCCACCAUGAGAGAUUUUUGGUCUCUUUGAAACCAAGACUGAAGGAGAUUUUCAGCUUUUUUGAGAAAUACUUCACUUACCUGAGACCUAGAUCACAGGAAAGGGUAAUGGCUGAUGAAAGGCACAAAAAGAAGUUAUCAGAGCAGUUCAGAAAAUACUUGCAGAUGUUCAGUAGUUCAGAACAAGAAAAAGCAUCCGAGAAAGCCAGCAACCCAAAUCUGAGUCUAAACCAGGAGAUACAGGAACAGAGGUUUUAUCUAGAAGCAAAACGAGCAGACUCAUUUGCUGGACUUUUACAGUGUUUGAGUCACAGAAGUGGUGGAGAGAUGGAGCGUAUCCUCUUAAAAUGGAAAUAUAUUUUCAAAAACUCACCUAAAAGAUCUGUAUCAGACACUGUCAACUUUAUCUUAGCUAACAUAGUGAUGUACAGCAUAAAGCCAUCCUCUAAGGAACUGAAAAAAUAUGAAGAAUUGGUUGAUCUUCUCGAUGAAGAACUACAAAAAGAAGGUACACACUCAAAUUCGACAGAGCUGUACUACCUAUCCAUGCUUCUCAUGUGGCCUACUAAAGGUAGAAAACUGGAAAGCUCUUCAAAAUCGAGAGAUAUCGGCAUAUACAUCACAUCAGCCAAGAAAUCAUUUCAACGACGCUUUUCAUACAUGUUUCCAGCCCGAACAACCUUAGCUCAUUUCUUUCUUGGGAAAUCCACUGGACUGAGAAGAAUGGUCUCUAAAGUGAAGCUUGAUCAAAUAUUGAUUGAUGUUUUAAAUAGACAAGAGUCCUGCAGUGGUCAAGCUCACACCCUGCAACAGUUUUGGCAGAGUGGAGCCGCUUGGAAUGAACCAGAGGUUAAACAAGAGUUAUUAAGGGAAAAAGGAAUUUCUGAAAAUGGAGAAGUAUAUGUCAGCUAUGGAGGAAACCUAAAAAUUCCUGUUCGUCCAGCUUAUCUGGGAGACAUCCGCAGUGGGUGCAGCCGGGAAGAAAUAUCCUUCUAUCUUGGAUUCACUAUGGAAGGUCCUGUAGCCUACAACAUUAAAUAUAAUGCUGCUCAGUAAUACCGUAACAAGUAUAUUUAGUUACAUUUCACAAAACCACUGAAAAACCCAACGUUGUAAAAAUGGUAUAAGGCAU